AUGGCUCCAAUCCCUCCUACUCCCGACAACAACCCUGCCUUGGCCCGCUACAUCGCGAAGCGCCAAGCCAAAGCUGGUGCCACCGUUCCAUCAAGUCUCCCAUCAACCCACACCAACCGUCCCAGCAACCGUACCACCCAGAUUGUCAACCCAAAGAACAGGUCCCUGUCUGUUCCCGCACCUGAACAGACCGAACAAUCAGCCACCACCUACGACCUGCCCCUACAAGCACCAUUACGUGCAAGAAGCUGUACAAGCUUUUGCAUUCCUCGCCCGUACGUCAAGGCGAAUUACGUCAAAGCUCUGAUGAGAAAAGACAGGACUCACACUUUCCGACUCAAGGCCUUGCCCAUGAAGCUCCGCGACAUGAUCUAUAAUUCGGCCCUCCAGUUCGACACGAAUGGACCACGUCGACCUGGUGGUUUGAUUUAUAGCGAAAUGGUCAAGCCAGCUCUGCUGCAGAUCUGCCUUCAGAUAGGUGCGAUCCUGUAA